AUGUCAAUCGAAAGCUGUGGCUAUUGUGAUCUCACUUUCCUUGUCCUGGGUGGUCUCUUUUUCUUCGUCUUCGGGUUGUUUGUCGGUACAAUCGAGAUCCUCGUGGCUGAGUAUUAUCCUGAAUACUUCCCUGACAACGGUAGCUACUGGUCAGACCACGAAACAAAAGUCGAUACUGAAGAGGAGGACUUGGAACUGUACUCAAGUGCCGCUGAAGACGAUGCUACUUCCGGCACGGACGUCAUUGGCACCUGCGUCUACUGCUCACUGUCUAUUAGAGGCAAGCCACUGCAGACGUGCAUCGAGUGCAACGGCUACAAUUGCCACCGCUGCCUCCGUACAUUCUUCUUGCUCGCUACUCAGAAUGAAGAGUUCAUGCCGCCUCGGUGCUGCGGGAUGGCCAUUCCUCUCGCCAUCGGCCGUCAAGUGCUUACAGGCACCGAGGCGGAGACGUUCAAGAAGAAGCACGAGGAAUGGAACACGGCGAAGCGGUGCUACUGCCCUAUGCCUGCGUGUUCAGCUUUCUUGUCCCCGCGGCUGUUUCCGGAGCUGCGUAGGGAGGGUCCAGUGAUCAGUUGCCCCGAGUGUGGUGUUGCUAUAUGCACUGCCUGUGUUGGGGUAGCUCAUGAAGAGUGGGUAUGUGCUAGGGACGACGAUAUUACACCUGAAUUAGACUGGGCUUUGAAGGAGGUCGGUGCAAAGCGGUGUCCCAAGUGUCGCACUGCGGUGGAAAUGGUCGAUGAUGUAUGCAGCAGCAUGCGCUGCCGCUGUGGCGCGAACUGGUGCUGGCACUGCUACCGGGACGCCGAGAUGUGUGAAGGAUGGCCGUGUGAGACUGUGCAGGGGCAACUUGUCUAUUUUGAAGAGGAGGCUUGUUCGUCCUCGGACGAGGACUAUAGUGAUCUUGAGACUCCGCAAAACACCGACAGCGAAGACGAUGCAGUCAACUGCAAGGACUACAGCGAUAAAAUCAAAGCAUGUGUUAUCCAAGAUAACAGACGCACCGUCCCGUUUAACUGUCUGCACGGAUGGCGUUUUGUCGAGCACUGGGAGUUCGACGUCGGGUUGCAGUUCGAGUGUGAGUGCUGCUGGGGUCUAAUGCUUCCUUGUUUCAAGCCCCCUGGUCUAUCUCUUGCAUGUGUGCAGAUGGAUCGUUUCGCGACAAGACCGGAAGAUAAGAUGAUAGCGGACGGGUUGGGGGAUGGCACCAUGUUGACUUGUGCUGUUUGUUCUUCGUUUGUGUGUAAUAAGUGUCGGAAGAAGAUUGAUGCGGGGGUGCUUGAUUUCUAA